AUGCCCGAUCCACACUACCUCCCAGACCUCGAUACUUUGACCCUGCAUAUCAACCCUUGGGAGUUGCACAUUGCAGACCCGGAUUUCGAAAUUGAAGACCAGAUCCGCGCCAUCAAGUCCGGAUCUCAUGAUGCGCACAAGGAUGUCGAGCAUCAAACGGUAUUUAGCGAGCUUCUCAACUCAAACCUGCCCCCGGAAGAAAAGGCCGUUGAGGGACUCAAGCACGAAGGUGGAUCCAUCGUUGCAGGCGGCAUCGAAACAACAUUGACAGCCUUGUCUAAAGCAGGCUUCUACAUCGUCGAACAUCCGGCCAUCAAGGCAAAGCUACGUAAAGAAUUGGAAUCUGUAUUUCCAGACCCGCGUGUAACACCGUGCCUAGUCACUCUGGAAGCACUGCUGUACCUUGGCGCAAUCGUCAACGAAACCCUUCGCAUCACGAUUAGCAUCUCACCGCACACAGCGCGCAAAUCCCGCAAAGUGCCUGUGGUAUUCAAAGACUUGGUCAACCCAUCUGGUGCAGACUUCAGCAUGACGGCCUACUACACACACAUGGACCCGCGCAUCUGGGACGAGCCGCAUGAGUUUUUGCAUGAGCGGUGGCUUGAGAGGGUACUGGCAACAACUGGAGAGCCGCUAAGUACCUAGUUGCAUAUAGCAAGGGUCUCUGAAUGUGUCUUGGAGUCAACUUGGCACGCGCAGAGUUGUAUCUUGGCUUGGCUAUUAUCUUUCGCCGGCUCAACCUUGACCUAUUUAAGACCGGACGCGAUGCGGUGCAGAUGAAAACUGAUUAUCUAAUCUCUUUCCCUGACCGGAAAAAUAGGGGUGUGAGAGUUUUGGUGAAGUGAGCAAGAGCUUGGAUGUGCGGAGUAUGACUUUACGCUGUACUGGUUUGGAAAAGUCUAGAUACAGGAUUUAAUUUAACCUACUAUAAUUUAUCCAGGAGCCAAUAUGCUAAUACGUACAAGAUUAGCGUCUGUAUCCAUUUAGAAUUGAUUGGCAAUCAACUCUUGGCUUUCUG